UCUAUGAAAAGGCGAUUUGUUUGCCCGAUGUUAAGCUAUGAUUGUGUACCAGUCAAAAAUAUGGCUGCUUGCACGAGUGGAAAAAUUGUCAAAAGUUCGUCAAAGAUUAUCGCUUUAACAGACAAUCUAGAGAAUUUCCUUAGUGCAGAGAAGUCAUUUGGCUCCAAGUACACUGUUCCUUUGAAGAAUUUAUAUGAUGCAUCAAAGGUAUUCAGUGAGGAUAGCUCAACUUCAGACACUCUACAAGAACUGAUUGUAUCAGGAUUUGAUGAUGAGCAGAUUUGGCAGCAACUGGAACUGGAAAAUGAAUCAUGCAUUUCCAAUUUGUUGAGUGAAGCUGCAAAAGUUAUUUCUAACAAAAAUCGUUGUUCAUUUAAAUCAGGCAAAUUUGUUUCUUCAAAAGUACCAUCUAAGUCAAAGCAAAACAAUAAGAUAGCAGGAACUACUUUACAAGAUGAUGAAUUAACAGACAGGACUCCUAAUCAGAAAAAAAGUUCUAAAGAUAGUAAGGUUAAAAAUAAUGAAGGUGAUUAUUUUGAUGAAGGGAAAGUGUUUGAAGAAAACUUAACAGAUGAUGAUGAUGAUGAACUUGCAGACAUAGAAAAAAAACUUGAUGAAGUUGACAAGGAUGAUAAGUUUUUCGAUUUCACUGGAGACUCUGAUGAAGAUCUGAACUUCGAUUUUGGCCCAUUGGGGCAGAAGGGUGAUCUAGAUGAAGAGUUGUUUAAUGAUGACUCAGAUAAUGAAGACAAUAAAAGUGAAAAUCAGAAAUCUAAAAGUAAGAAAAAGAAAUCUGUGUCUUUUAAAGAUCAGACAGAAAAUGAAAGUCACAUCAAAGAUAAAAAAAAAAUUAGUCAAAAGCAAACAAAGAAACUUUUAAAGAAAGGAAGUAUUGUUGACGAUGCUUUUUUCAAACUGGCUGAACUUGAAGAGUUUCUAGACCAGGAGGACAGACGUGAGGAGAGGAAACUCAAAAAGGCAAAAGGAGAAGAAAGUGAUGAUGGUGAUGAUGAUGAACAGGAAGAGGACAUUGAUAUGUUUGGAGAAAUAGAUUCUGCAGAAGAGGAGGCACACUAUGAAGAUUUCUUUGAUCCACCAGAGGGAGAAGUUGAUAGCUCAGCUGGAGAAAACAAAAAGACUGAAGGAGAAAGUAGUGAAGAAGAUUCAGAUGCAUUUGAAGAAGAAAGUGAUAAUGAAGAAGAAAACAGUUUAGAAGAAGAGGUACAAGCAGCUAAAGAAAGACACAGCCAGGAUCUUUUUGCAGGCUCUGAUAGCGAGGGAGAAGAUAUAUCAGAAAUUCUGGGUGGAAAUAGACCAAAAAAGUCAUCAUAUGAAAUAAGACAAGAAAGGUUGAAAAAGAAGAUUUCGGCUAUGGAAGAUGAUAUGUUGUCUGAGAAACCAUGGCAACUUGCUGGUGAAAUCACUGGUGGCAAACGCCCAGAAAACAGUCUGUUACAGGAGAAUUUACAGUUUGAACACACCACAAGAUUACCCCCUGAAAUUACAGAGGAAACAACAAAGACCCUUGAAGAUUUGAUCAAACAAAGAAUAAAGGAUAAGGCAUGGGAUGAUGUAGAACGUAAAGUAAAGCCCAAAGACAACCCAUUUGAAUACAAGAAGCGUAUAACUCUCGACCAGGAAAAGAGUAAACUGAGUCUGAAUGAAAUCUACGAGCAGGAAUACCUUAAACAACAGAAGUCAGAAGAAGUUGAGAAGACUGAUCCAGGUCAUGAUGAAAUAAAGAAGAUGAUGCAAUCACUGUUUAUAAAGCUAGAUGCCCUUUCCAACUUCCACUAUACUCCAAAACAGGCAAGUGCAGAGGUCAAGGUCAUAACAAAUCAACCUUCAAUUACAAUGGAAGAGGUAGCACCUGUAUCAGUCAGUGAAGGAAAAUUACUGGCACCAGAAGAAGUUAAGGACAAGGAGCGGCAGGAAGUUAAAGGUUCAACAGAGAAAACUGCAUCAGAUAGAUUGAGGGAAAGAAAAUUGAAGAAGAAAAACCAGAGAAUAAGGAAGAAAGAACAGGAGAAGAGACAAAAACUUGUUGAGAAAUUGAAUCCUGGUCUUGGAAACAAGUAUAGCAAAGAAAAAGCUUUGAAGAAACUUGAGAAGGAUAGCCAUUCUGAUACUGCUGGAGUAACUCUGAUAAAGGAGGACAAAAAAGAACGGACAGGUUUGACAUCUUCAAAGGCAUUCUUCACUCAACUUCAGGAGGAGGUAACCACGAGUAUCAGCAGGAAACGAAGUGGUAAAAACCAAAAUUUGAAAAGAAAUGCACAUGGUGGAAAGAAAUUUAAACUUUGAUUUUUUUAUCUGUAGCUGUUUUAUGAUAUGUAUUAAUAAGAUGAAUAUAAAAUAAAACAACAGUAAAAGAUAUCUAGAUGA